UCAACAUGUGUUGGCUUAUCCUGUUUCCUGGAUGAAUAAUUGGUGUCUUGAUGUUUGGCAUUCGUAUGAAUUUGGAAUAUUAUGUUAAGUAUAUUUCUGGCCAUAUGUAGGCACUUUUCAACCGAUUGACUUCUGGUUUCUUGGUUACGAUGUAAAAAAAUAUAUUUUAUUUGCUCUGAUGUGUGAUUUUUUCAACUCUUUGGAUGCCUGUGAUACGCUUGGUGACAGUGCUCCCUCAAGAAGAAAGCACUCCCUUUUGGAGAUUGGUGCUGAAGCAGUUUGAUGAUUUGCUCGUAAAGAUAUUAAUCGCAGCUGCUGUCGUCUCCUUCUUUUUGGCCUUGGCUAACGGAGAGACUGGCUUAUCUGCCUUCUUGGAGCCUUCAGUUAUCCUCAUGAUAUUGGCUGCAAAUGCUGCUGUUGGAGUAAUCACGGAAACAAAUGCUGAGAAGGCCCUUGAGGAACUACGAGCAUACCAAGCUGACGUUGCAACUGUCUUAAGAAAUGGUUGUUUCUCCAUCUUACCUGCGACAGACCUUGUUCCUGGAGAUAUUGUAGAAGUCAGCGUGGGAUGCAAGGUUCCAGCAGAUAUGAGGAUGGUAGAGAUGCUAAGCGAUCAAUUAUGUGUUGAUCAAGCGAUUCUUACAGGCGAGAGCUCUUCUGUGGAAAAAGAACUGGACAGGACCGAUGUGUCGAAUGCAGUAUACCAGGACAAGACUAACAUUCUUUUCUCGGGAACAGUUGUAGUUGCUGGAAGGGCAAGAGCUGUCGUUGUUGGUGUUGGCUCUAAUACUGCAAUGGGAAGCAUACGCGACUCUAUGUUAAAAACAGAAGAUGAAGCAACGCCACUGAAGAAGAAGUUGGAUGAAUUUGGUACUUUUUUGGCUAAGGUUAUUGCAGGCAUAUGUAUUUUGGUUUGGAUUGUGAACAUUGGUCAUUUUCGGGAUCCUGCCCAUGGUGGUUUCUUGGGAGGUGCAAUACAUUACUUCAAGAUUGCAGUUGCUCUUGCUGUUGCAGCCAUUCCUGAAGGGCUACCUGCCGUUGUUACGACAUGUUUAGCUCUUGGAACAAAACGAAUGGCUCGUUUAAAUGCUAUAGUCAGGUCAUUGCCAUCAGUAGAGACCUUAGGCUGCACAACCGUGAUUUGCAGUGACAAGACCGGCACUCUCACUACCAAUAUGAUGUCCGUUUCAAAGGUAUCUGUUCUUCACUCUGCAUAUGAUGUUCCUGUUGUAGCUGAAUACAGUGUAAGUGGCACCACAUAUGCACCGGAAGGCACCAUUUUUGACAACACUGCCGAUACGCAGCUUGAGAUGCCAGCGAAUUCCCAAUGUCUUCUACAUACAUCAAUGUGUUCAGCCCUCUGCAAUGACUCUGUUAUUCAAUACAAUCCAGAUAAGAGAUGUUACGAAAAGAUCGGAGAGUCGACUGAAGUAGCACUCCGUGUUUUGGCAGAAAAGAUUGGCCUUCCUGGUUUUGAUUCCAUGCCUUCUGCUCUUAACAUGCUGUCCAAGCACGAACGAGCAUCGUACUGUAAUAGGUAUUGGGAGAACCAAUUCAAAAAGGUCUCGGUUCUGGAGUUCACUCGUGAUCGGAAGAUGAUGAGCGUGCUUUGUAACCGAAAGCAGAUUCAGAUUAUGUUCUCCAAAGGUGCUCCGGAGAGUAUUCUUCCUCGAUGCACAACUAUCAUGUGCAAUAACGAUGGUUCAACAAUUCGUCUAACACCGGAAAUUAGAUCUGAAAUAGAGUCAAAAUUCCACAGUUUUGCAGGAAAAGAAACUUUAAGAUGCUUAGCACUAGCCUUGAAAAGGAUGCCAGUCGAGCAGCAGGCUCUGUCCUUGGAUGAUGAAAAUGAUCUUACAUUUAUUGGGUUGGUUGGCAUGCUCGAUCCACCAAGAGAGGAAGUAAAGAAUGCCAUUCUUGCUUGUAUGACAGCUGGAAUACGUGUCAUAGUUGUUACAGGAGAUAAUAAGAUUACGGCUGAAUCACUUUACCAAAGAAUCGGUGCCUUUGAUCACUUGGAUGAUUUUACGGGGAUUUCUUAUACUGCUUCCGAAUUCGAGAAACUUCCGGCAUCACAGAAGACAGUCGCUUUGCAGCGAAUGGCAAUUUUCACCCGGGUUGAACCGUCUCACAAGAAGAUGCUUGUUGAAGCAUUACAGCAUCAAAAUGAAGUGGUUGCAAUGACUGGAGAUGGAGUCAACGAUGCACCUGCACUAAAGAAAGCUGACAUUGGAAUUGCCAUGGGUUCAGGCACCGCUGUAGCAAAGAGUGCUUCGGAUAUGGUUUUGGCAGAUGACAAUUUUGCCACAAUUGUCGCAGCUGUUGCAGAGGGAAGGGCUAUUUACAACAACACUAAGCAGUUCAUCAGAUAUAUGAUCUCGUCAAAUAUUGGUGAAGUAGUUUGCAUUUUUGUGGCUGCACUGCUUGGCAUCCCCGACACUCUUGUACCUGUCCAAUUGCUCUGGGUGAAUUUGGUGACAGAUGGCUUGCCUGCUACUGCUAUUGGAUUUAAUAAACAAGACUCUGAUGUAAUGAAGUCUAAACCUCGCAAGGUCAAUGAAGCUGUUGUCAGUGGAUGGCUGUUCUUCCGUUAUUUAGUCAUUGGAGUUUACGUUGGGCUUGCUACUAUUGCCGGAUUUGUUUGGUGGUUUCUUUACUCUGAUAACGGGCCUAAAUUGCCGUAUACAGAUCUGAUGAAUUUCGACAGUUGCUCAACGAGAGAUACGAAUUACCCAUGCACUGUGUUUAGUGAUCAACGCCCAUCAACUGUUGCAAUGACUGUACUCGUUGUUGUCGAGAUGUUCAAUGCAUUGAACAACCUCAGUGAAAAUCAAUCACUCUUAGUCAUUCGCCCUUGGAGUAAUUUAUGGCUUCUUGGAUCAAUUGUACUGACAAUGUUACUUCACGUACUCAUCCUCUACGUGCAACCAUUAUCUAUUCUUUUUUCGGUGGCGCCACUAAGUUGGUCUGAAUGGACUGUUGUUUUCUAUCUGUCUUUUCCAGUAAUACUAAUCGAUGAGAUAUUGAAGUUCUUUUCAAGAAACCCUACUGGGUUAAGAUUUAAUUUCAGAUUCAGGAGAACAGAUUUACUACCGAAACAAGAAGUGCAUGACAGGUGACGGAGGUAUAUUCUACUGAAUGUGCCGUUUUUUUCCCGCCAAAAUUCACUUAGCACUGACAAGAUAUCAACUUUGAGCAUAUGAAUUGUGGGCGUAACUGUUUUUGGACUGAGAAGAUCUAUUGCGGUUAGUGGUUCUUAACGACUUGGAAACGCCUCGUGUUGUUGCAAACAAACGAGGUAAAAAGCCUCGUUACUUAGAUGAUUUCAUGUCUGAAUUUUUUUUUCACAGCUCAUAGAAAAAAGAAAAAGAAAAAGAAAAAGAAGGGACACGUGGAAAAUGGUAUACAAGAUUAUUGGAAAAUCGUUGGUUUUAGGACAUCAUCUGCUGAAAUAUUGUGUUUUGAUAUGCAUAAAAUUGUUGAUGGUGCUAUUUUAGAACCCGAGGGCGAAAAACCGAAAAGAAAAUAAUUUCAAAUCCUUCCCGUUUAAACUAAUUUUAAAUUUA